AUGGCUGUAGAGGAGACACAUGCUUAUGAUCACAUCUCGCUCGAGGAGCUGGACUGGUGUGGUGUCUUCGCACUCGCCCUGGUCCGUGUGGGGCGACACUUGGAGGUCAAGGCCAUCAACAAGGUUUGGGGCGUGGCCAAGGACCUCUUCGAAGGGGAGACGGCCAGCUCCGAGCUGCAGCCCAACCCGACGGUGUUGAAGGCUACGCGCCAUGCCUCGCAGCUGGUGAUCACUCACUAUGCGACGAUGAGCGGGCAGCGCUUGGCGCACUUCUUCCGGAACUCCGUGCAGAGCCGGAACUGGAUGACGGUGCGCGAGGCGCAAGAGCCGCGAAAGGUGGUGGAGAUGGUGCUACGGGAGGCGGCCGUGGGCGGGCUGGGCGCUUUCGGUGGUGUCGUGGGUCCAGUGGUGAUCACGAACGGUUGCUGA